AUGGUUGGUGUGUCGGAUUGUGUUAGUGGCUGUUUUUCGUGUGAUUUUGGAGGUCACAACGAAGGUGAAAAAGUUGAUACGCUAGGUGGGUUUGGGCGAUUGCUGUUGGAGGUUGGAGGAGGAAUUGGUGUUGAAGUAGCAAUUGGAGUGGGAUGA